CAUCUCAGCGAGGUAGACCGCCGGCCGCAUCCCUCAGUUCCGUUGGCCGCCCCGUGCUGGCUGUGUGUCAGGCGCUGGUCAGAGCACCGAGGAUUCGGGAAGUCACCAUCUAAUGGGGCCCCGCAGCUCUGGGGAGGCCUCCUGGAGCAGGGGGCUGGAGCUGGGCCUGCCGGGAAGCCAGGAGGGACCUCGGCAUUGAGUCCUCCGCUAGGACGACCCGUUCGCCACUUCUUGUAGCGCCCUCCCAGGGCGGUGGCGUGUCUGUGGGCUCGUCCCUAGCGUGUGUUGAUGCCCAGUUUCUCCUCCUUCCAGGCCAAGGCCAGAGAAGGAGCUGGCUUGUAGACAUGAUCUCCGGACCUCCUCUGGAGCUGGCCUAAGGCUUAGCCUGGGGCUGGUGAGCCUGGGAAGAGCUGCCAUCGGGGUUGGGCCUUGGGGGGGGAAGGAGGACCCAGCUAGAAAGCAGACCCAGGAUUACAUGGGGGGGGGGGGCUUGCCUUGCACGCUCACUGCUGUCUUACUGGCUCUGGAGAUCUCCGGGGUAACGAGGGAGAGCUAUAAGAGGGAAGUGACUCCGCGGAGCUGCCCAGGUCACUGGGGGGGCUUGAGCGAUCCCACAGCAGGCAGCAUGGUUUAUGGCAAGAGCCCUGGAGAAAGGAAUGAGCCCCCUGCACCGAGCCACAAAAGCCGCCUUGCAGAAAGUGAGGUUUUAGAGGGGACCUAACGGAAGGCGGCAGGUCAGUCCGAGGAGGGAGGGCGUUCCGGGCAUUAGGGGUGGCCAGCAGAGAGGCCCGCAGUCAGGCGGUGGAGUGUCUUGUUCAGGGAGAUGCCGUAGGGACAGGCUGAGGUGGAGGAAGCCUGGAGAGGUGCCCUACGUGGGAAGAAGGGCCGGCUAUAAAAGGCUUUAGAGACAGAAGACUCUGGGGACGGGCUCAGAGCUCUGCCCCAGGAAGAGCCCUUUGACAGGCACGUGGAGGGUGAACCAGACUGGAGAGAGACUUAGAGGCUGCCAUAAUCUGGUGUGAGGAGAUGAAGCCCUGCCCCGGGGCGCUGGAAGUGUUGGGAGAGAGUGCAAAAAGGCCAUAGAAAGAUUGGGUAGGAGGCCGGUGAGAGCGGGAGGAGCAGACAACGGCACUGAGGGGCCUGAAGGGUGGAGGCGGGUACCCUUCGGUUAUCUUCCACCUUAGCCUCAGUGCUGUGUUCCCAGCAGAAGAGUAGCACGGGCCCUUGGCAUUGAACGAGGAAGGUAGGAAGAGAGGAGGGUUGGCGAAAAAAGAUAAUCCUGUUUUGAACCUGGUGAGUUCAGGAUGGCCUUGAGUUAUCCAGGUGUAGGAGGAGGUGCCACUGAAGACUUGAGACGGGAGAGGAGAACCAUCUGUGUUGGGAUGAUCAUCGGAUCUGUGGGAGCUGCUGAGAUCCCCAAGUGAAGCGUCCAAAGAGGACCCAGCGCAGAGCCCUGAGGGACACUCGCCAUCAGAGGGUGUGGAGGGUCCUACAGAGGAGAGGGAGGGGAAGAGAGGCAGGAGAGGGGAGUGCUUAGAGAGAAGAGAAUGUGGAGGAGAGGAGGGGAACUGACAGGGCUAAAAGCUAGAGAGACGUCAGGAAGGAGGAGAAUGGAAAAAAAGGACAGUAAAGGAAUGCUCUAUACAAAGAAAGGUAGAUAUCAAUACUUGGGGAAAUAGGAAUUGUUCAUGGGUAGGCUGAGCUAAUAAAUACAAGUGAUAAUUCUUCCUAAAUUUAUCUACUCAGUGCCAUCCCAAUUAAAUUACCAAGAAUUAUUGAACUAGAAAAAAUCAUCAUUCAUUUGAAAGAACAAAUGGUCAAGAAUAUCAGAGGACAGGCAUCUAGGUAGCACAGUGGGCAGAGCACUAGUCCUGGAGUCAACAGGACCUGAGUUCAGAUGUGACCACAGCCACAUAUCCACAUUUGCCUAGCCUGUACCACUCUUCUGCCUUGGACUGAUAGUGUCCAUUUUAAGACAAAACGUAAGGGUUGGGGGUUUUUGUUUUGUUUUUAAUUAAAGAAGAUCAAAGAAAUUCAUAAAAAUGUAAAGGAAGGAGCUCUAGCAGUACCAGAUUUUAAACAAUAAAACGGUGGUCUCCAAGUUACCUGGUGCUGGCUAAAACAGAGAAGAGUGGAUGAGUGGAAGAGAUAGAUCUACAUUACGCCGCAGUCAAUGGUUAUAGUCACCUUGUGCUUGAGAAAUGUCAAGAGUUACGUUUUGAGGAGAAGAAUUCACUAUUUGGUAAAAAUUGUUCAGAAAACUAGGAGGCUGUCUGGCAGAAAUUCGACGACUGCACCCCAGAUCUGGCCAAAACGAGCACGUGGCCUAGACAAGGGAGACACAAGUAAAUUAGAAGGGCAUGGAAUGUCUCUGGCAUUACACUUGUAGAGGAGAAUUUUUGAAUACACUGAGAGAUGUGAAAUGGGUUAUUUUGAUUGCAUUAGAUUAAACAGAUUGGUACAAAUAAGACCAAUGUAGCCAAGACUCAAAGGAAUUCAGAAAAUUAUGGGGGAGAUUUCAUAGACAGUUGUUGGAUAAGGGCCUCAUAGCUCAAAUACAUAGAGAGCCUGGUCAGUUUUAUAAGAAUGUGGGUUAUUCCCCAGUUAAUAAGUGAUCAAAGCUAUGUGUAAUCUUAUGAAAAAAUACUCUAAAUCAUUAUUGAUUAAAGAAAUGCAAAUUAAAACAACUUUGAGGAAUAGCUUGGGUAACUCAGUGGAUAGAGCCAGUCCUGGAGAUGGGAAGUCCUGUGUCCAAAUGUGACCUCAGACACUAGCCAUAUGACCCUGGGCAAGUCACCUAACCCUCAUUGUUUAGCCCUUACUGUUCUUCUGCCUUAGAACAGAUAGUAUCAUUUCCAAGACACCCGUUUUUAAAAAAACACUUUGAGGGGGCAGCUGGGUAGCUCAGUGGAUUGAGAGCUAGGCCUAGAGACAAGAGGUCCUAGGUUCAAAUCUGGCCUCAGAUACUUUCCAGCUGAGUGACCCUGGGCAAGUCACUUGACCCUCAUUGCCUAGCCCUCACCAUUCUUCUGCCUUGGAACCAAUACACAGUAUUGAUUCCAAGACAGAAGGUAAGAGUUUAAACACACACACAGUCUUUGAGAUACGAUCUCACACCUAUCAAAUUGCAAAAAAUGAUAGGAGAAAAUGACAAAUGUUGGAGGGGAUGUGGAAAAAUGAGGGCACUAAUAGCCUCUUGGUGGAAUUGUGAAUGGUUCCAACCAUUUUGGAGAAUUAUCUGGAAUUGUGCCCAGAGUUAUAAAACUGUAGAUCCUUUGGCCCAGCAAUACCACUAUGAAGUCUACUUCCCAAGGUGCUUAGGGAAAAAGGAAAAGAACCUUCAUAUUCUAAAAUAUUUCCAGCAGCGCUUUGUGUGGGGUCAAAGAACUGGAAAUUGAGAUGAUGCCCAGCAACGGGGCAAUGGCAUCUGCCUGGGUAAAAUGCCACUGUGACGUAAGAAAUGAUGAGAAGCGAAAUGAGCAGGACCCAGAAAACGUUGCACACAGUAACAGCAAGAUUGUUCGAAGAGUAACUGAAUGCCUGAACUAUUCUGAGUCGUUUGAAUAUUGUGAUCAGCUACAAAGGACGUAGGACGGAAGAUUCACCUCUAGAAAAAGAAAUGAUACGUGGACGUGUGUAGUGUGUGGCAGCCCUCAUAUCUGUGUCAAGUGUGGGAGGGAAACGUUUAGAACUCAAAAUGUGACCCAGGAAAAAAAAAGUUUCGAGACAUUAAGUUGGACAACGAAGGGCCCAGCCUAUUGGUAGCUUUGGAGAGAGCACUUUUAGUUAAGAGUUUGGGAGCCAGACUGCAGUUAAGAGGAGAGGAAGUGGUGGAAGCUGGUGUAGACAGCCUUCUCAAGGCGUUUGCCUACAGAGGAGGGAGAGAGAUAGCACAUAGCUACCAAGGGUGUGGGGAUCCAGUGAGGUUUUUUUAAAGAUGGUGGAGAUGUUUGUAGCAGCGGGAGAAAAGAAAAGCUAGUAGACUGGGAGGAAUUAAGGAUGGGUGAGAGUGGAGGGAUAGAAGAGGAAAUCUGCUGGAGAAGCCAGAAUGGAAUGAUCGGCGGAUGAGACAGGAGUGGAAUGAGAGAGAACAGGGAAAUAGAAGGCAGGAUUCUCAGCUGGGGAGAGACAAAGGAGGAGCUUGGAAAGCUUAGAAAGCCCGCUGUGGGGAGAGGGAAAGGGAAUCGAUGAGGGAGAUGUAAGAGGAUUGCCCUGCAGUCAUGAGAAUCCAGUCAGGACUGGUUUGUGGUUUUCUCCGGCUUCGUUCAGCAGCAUUUGAGGCAGAGGUAAGGCAGCAGGCUGAGGCCUGGCAGGGCAAGAUUAGGGAGGACAGCAAAGAUCUGAACUGUUUCACCAAUGGCACAAGAUGGGGAAGAGAUGAGAGGCCAGCCAGGGUGGGGGCGAUGGCCUGGAAAGAAGCCAAGAAGGAAGAGCGAGGAUGAAGAAUAGUUUGGACUUGCAAGGUGGGAGGAAAGUGCAGUGAUGCCGAGUUGUGAUCAGAGGGAGAAUGUCAGCAUUUGAGGAGUCAGAUCCAGUCACUGGCAUCAGUGUCAGAGAGCUUUGAGGUAUGGGUUUGAGGAAGCCUCGGGAUAUGGGUGGAAGGCCCUGGAUGUUCCCAGACAGCAGCCACCAGAAUUUUCAUUGACUGCUUGAUGUGGACCUAGUGGGCCUUCAGGAGGAAAAAUGAUUGAUCGUGUUGGAGGGGAAAGCUAGACGUGGCAAAGAGAGCGAGGAGUGAUCCCACGUCCCAUCAGGAAGGAGUGGAAGUGCAGCCAGUGCUCGAGGGGGCAGUGGAGGCCAGGACAGCCACGUCAGCAGGAGGGCAAGAAGGCAAAAAGAAGGAUUGUGGUCAAAGCUAGUUGGUUCGCUGUGCAGUGGGCCUUCCAGAGAAAGCUGAGAAAGAUCCGCUGGCUUUGGAGGAGGAUAUUGCAGUGGGAUGGGGAUAAAGGGGUGCGCAGCUGCAUAGAGAACCUUUUGAAGAGUGACAGCCAAGCAUUCCAAUCUACUGUGAUGGGGUGGGGAUGGUCAGGCAAUCUACCUACACUCAUCUCAUUACUGUCAUCGUCCGCUGGCCUCAGGUGGAGUGGGCAUGGGAAGCUGGUGGGGGAGGAUGGUCUCAGAUGAUGCUGGCUCAUGGAGGCUCCUGGGGGUCCUGAGAGGGAUCACAGGAAAGCUGUGACAGACACACACUCGGGCCUUGGCAGCAGCUUCCCUCCUCCCCCCAGGUUCAGAGGUGACAUAUAAGAAGAUGAGAACAGCCUAGUGUAAGGCCUCACAGAGCACAAAAGUGCCGCCCAGUUAUGGACCGUCUCACCACAGCUUUGUUAGCUCCCUCAUUAGAACUUGGACUCCUCGAGGGGAACGAAGAUUCUCUCUUUUUGUCUGGAUCCCCAACAUGCAACCCAGUUGACUGUGGAGGCCAGAAUUUAGAAGCGGUUACAUUCCAGGAUGUUGCUGUGGAAUUUACUUGCGAGGAAUGGAGACACCUAGCCCCGCCUCAAAAGGAGCUCUACCGCGACGUGAUGCUGGAGAACUAUAAGAACCUGGUCCGCCUGGGACUUGCAGUUUCCAAGCCAGAUGUCAUCUCCCAGUUGGAGCGAAGGGAAGCCCCCUGGAUGCCUGGAGGAAUCCAGAGAAGUCGCUGUCCAGAUUGGGAGGCUUCUUGUGAAACUGAAGAGUUUACUCUGAAGCUGGGAAUUUCCCUAGAAAAGUCAUCCCAGGAAAGAGACACAGAGGAAGUUCUCCAUAUAGCCACCUUACAAGAAGCCUGGGAACAUGAUGCCACAUUAGAAAGGCAGCAAAGCAGUGAGGGAAAACAUUCUUGGAAAGUAAGAAUGACCCAAAAGAAAGGUUCAAAUAAGCCAAGAAACUACAAAUAUGACAAAAGCUUCACUCUGGGGCACAUAUCUUUUGUGCGUCAGAGGUCCUCUUUAGGAGUGAGCCUCCUUAAACGAGAUAUCAGUAGAAAGUACUUCAGACUUUCUGCAGAUCUAAGAAAGUAUAAUAAAGUAUAUUCAAAGAAGUUUUCCAAACAUAAUGACUAUGGGAAAUUCUUUAAACAUAAUUCAGACUUCACUGAAAAUCAUAAACUACAUAAUGAAGAGAAGCGCUAUCAGUGUAAUGAAUGUGGGAAGCCUUUCAGUCAGAGGGCCAGUCUUAUUCAACAUCAUAGAAUACAUACGGGCGAGAAGCCCUAUGAAUGUAAUGUGUGCGGGAAGGCGUUCCGCCAGAGCACAGGACUUAAUCAACACCAGACAGUUCAUACAGGAGAGAAACGUUAUGAGUGUAAUGAAUGUGGAAAGGCCUUCCGCCUGAGGAAGCAGCUUAUUCAGCAUUACAGAAUUCAUACUGGAGAAAAACCUUAUGAAUGUAAUGACUGUGGGAAAGCCUUCCGCCAGAGCUCACAGCUAACUCAGCAUCAGACAAUUCAUACUGGAGAGAAACCUUAUGAAUGUGAUGAAUGUGGAAAGGCCUUCCGCCUGAGAACAUUACUUAUUCAACAUCAUAAAAUUCAUACUGGAAAGAAACCUUAUCGAUGUGAUGAGUGUGGGAAGGCCUUCCGCCUCAGUUCACAACUUAUUCAACAUCAGACAGUUCAUAAUGGAAAGGAACCUUAUGGAUGUAAUGUAUGUGGAAAGGCCUUUCAUCAGAGAGCCCAGCUUAAUCAACAUCAGACAGUCCAUUUCGGGGAGAAGCCUUAUGAGUGUAAUGAGUGUGGGAAGACCUUUCGCAACAGCACAUGCCUUAUUCAACAUCAGACAAUUCAUACUGGGGAAAAACCUUAUGAAUGUCGUGAGUGUGGGAAAGCCUUUCGAUUGAGCUCUUAUCUUACACGGCAUCAGAGAAUUCAUACUGGAGAGAAGCCUUAUAAAUGUGAUCAGUGUGGGAAGGCCUUCUGUCAGAGCUCACAGCUUACUCAGCAUCAGACAGUUCAUACUGGGGAGAAACCUUAUGCAUGUAAUGAAUGUGGGAAGGCCUUUAGUCAGAAAACAGAACUUACUAGACAUCAGACAAUUCAUACUGGAGAGAAACCUUACGAGUGUAAUGAAUGUGGGAAAGCUUUCCGUCGGAAAGCAGGACUUGUUGAGCAUAAGAUAAUUCACACUGGAGAGAAAACUCAUAGAUGUAAUGAAUGUGGGAAGGCUUUCCGGUGGAAGACAGGACUUACCAUCCAUCAGAAAAUUCAUAGUGGAGAAAAGCAGUAUGAAUGUAACGAAUGUGGCAGUGCCUUCCGCCUGAAAAGACAACUUACUCAACAUCAGAGGCUUCAUACUGGUGAUAAACUUUGUGAAUGUGAUCAGUGUGGGAUGGUCUUUAGCCAGAGUAGAAACCUUAUUCGCCAUCAGAGAAUCCAUAGUGGAGAAAAACCUUAUGAAUGUACAGAAUGUGGAAAGGCCUUCCGCCUGAAGGCACGGCUCACUAAACAUCUGACAGUUCAUACUGGUGAGAAACACUUUGAAUGUACUGAGUGUGGGAAGGCCUUCCGUCAGAAGCCACAUCUUACUGAACAUCAGACAAUUCACAGUGGCGAGAAACCCUUUGAAUGUCACGAGUGUGGGAAGGCCUUCCGCCUGAGAACACAGCUCAUUCAACAUCAUAGAAUCCAUACUGGGGAGAAACCAUUCGAGUGUAAUGUGUGUGGGAAGGCAUUUAGUCACAGGACAGAACGCAAUCGACAUUAUAGAAUUCAUACUGGAGAGAAGCGAUAUGAAUGUAAUGAGUGUGGAAGGGCCUUCCGCUUGAGCACACACCUUACUCGACAUAAGAGAAUCCAUACUGGGGAGAAACCAUACGAGUGUAAUGAGUGUGAGAUGGCCUUCCGGCUAAAAGCACAACUUACUCAUCAUCAGAGAAUUCAUACUGGAGAGAGCCUUUAAGAAGGUUCUGAUUUAGGAAAGGCUUUCUUCUGGAAGAAACCAUAUUAAAACAGAACAGAGAAAAUUUGUCUCUACCAUUAAUAUGGAAUGUCUUUAUAUAACUUAAGAAAUAGUAAAAAUCUCAUGCUGAGAAGCCAUAUGAAUAUAAGGAAAGGAAUAAAAUUAAAGAAUUGAGCAAAGGAGGAACUCCACAGGUGAAACAAAUUAUUUCCUAUUUUCCCACAGCAGUGAUUCAAAUCUUUUCUUCCUCUUCAACUUCCUUCCCAAACCCCAAUAUUUUAAUGGAUUUCCAUUUUUAAUUGACUUAGACAUUUACAUUAUGGAAGCUCAGCUUCACCUACAAUUCCACAAAUAUGGAUUCUUCAACUACGUUCAGUCAAACUCAAUACAAAAGUUUGUUUUGAAUAAAAAGGUCCAUUUUAUAUUGAAAAUUUUGGUGGUGGUGGUUGUUCAGUCAUUAUGUCCUACUCUUCAUGAUCCCAUUUAGUGUUUUCUUGGCAAAGAUACAGGAGUGGUUUGCCAUAUCCAAGACAUUUUAUAGAUGAGGAAACUGAGGCAAAUAGGGUUGAGUGACUUGCUCAAGAUCACAAAACCAGUGUCUACAUAGCAAUCUGUGCUGCACUUCAAAAGUAACCACUCCUGGUGAGACAUACUUUUCCAAGUUAUCUUGGGCUGAAAAAUUAUUUUACCUGAUCUUUUUUUUGGCUCUGCUGCUCCCAAACUCAACUUGAGGCAUUAUUUUAGAGUUGUUUGGAGGGAACGUCAGGAAAGGUUGGCUGGGUGCUUCUCUCUGCUCUUCCUUCUUGGCUCCUUGAACAAGAAUCUCAAUGACAUCUCCCAACAAGUGGUCAUCCAGCUUUUACUUAAAGACUUCUUCAGUCCUUCCUGUUUUUCAAUAAUUCUGAUUGUUGAGAAGAUUUUCUUUAUUUCAAAGCUGAAGUUGUAAUUUCCUAAUAUUAUUCUGAUUUGUGUUCUUGAAGACCCCAUUAGGGCUAGUUCAGUCGACUCUUCUGAUUCAAGCUUGGAUUUAGAAUAUCGUGAGAAACUUGAGAACCACAGAAUACAGUUAAAGCUUUAAGAUUUAAAAAUAUACAAUUCAAAUAAAACAAUAGUGCUUCCCUCUGUCCUCUCUAUUUUUGGCAUUUUUCCUACAAGCAAAUUCUUUUUUAUUUUGAGCAAAAAAGGAACCCAAACCACUGACCCUCCUAAACUCUGACCUUUAUUGGUUGGAUCAGAAAAAUUUCUUAGAGGGUCUUUCACCACUAACAAUUUUUACUUUAGAAUGAAGCCUAGGGGAGCAGCUAGGUGGCUUAGUGGAUAGAUAACCACCUGGAAACCAGAGGUCUUGGGUUGAAAUCUAGCCUUAGACAUUUCCUAACUGUGUGACCCUGGGCAAGUCACUUAGCCACUGUUGCCUAGCCCUUAACCACUCCUUCUGCCUUGGAACCUAUAUAAUAUCGAUUUGAGUCAGAAGGGAAGGAUUUUUUAAAAAAUAAAGCCUAGUGUAGGCAGCAUUGACUUAAUACAAAUGAAUAGUAUAGUCAUCUAGGAAGAAGGAAGUAAUGUAAAGGGCAAUUAAAAGAAUGUCUCUGCUUAUAGACGUCCUGCAGGUCCACAGCCAGAGAAGGGCCAUAGCUUCAGUGUUGUAAUUGCUCCCCUCACCAGAAGGUCUCUGACGAGGCUCAUGAACGUUAGUAACCUGCCUUGGGAUGGUUCCAGCACUCAGCCCCUACUUACUGCCACAAUGUUCCCUGGCCCACUGGCCCACUGGCCACCUGCCCCUGUGUGGGUGGCCCGUUAAGAGGUGGAUACCAGAUUUUUCCCCUUUAGACACUCCUUUUGUGGCAGUUGUGUGAAGAUGGAAUCAGGAUUACCAGCAAGUCAAAUACCGUAAUCACUUUUUAUAUUUCCUGUUGUGAUUAUGAGAAGAAUUGCAUUUCCUCCAUAGCAUUUAGAAGCAAAGAACCUUCCAGUAAUUUCACUCCCUUGUUUUCAGAUUAGAUGUCAAUACAAUUUUCAAUAAUAAUUCUUUGGCAUUUUGCAGUCCCAUGUUCUCUACCUCCCCCAAGGCAGCAGGUAAUAAUAUGUGGGCUGUACAUGCGUUACCAUAUAAUACAGACUUCCGUGUUCAUCAUCUGAGAGAAGAUGAGUCACUUACACCAGAGAAAAAUUCAUGGAGGAAAUAAAGUGAAGAAUGGGAGGCUUCAGUCUGCAUUCAGACCGUCAGUUUGGCAGUAAAUCGUCUUUUUCAUCCAUGAGGCCCUUGAAGUGGCCCUGGAUCCUUGCAUUGCUGAUAAUAGUUGAGUCAUUCACAAUUGAUAAUUGUUCUUUAUUGCUGUUACUGUGUACAACAUUCUGGUUCUGCACGCUUUAUUUUGCCUCUCUUCAUGAGUCCAAGUUUUUUUGUGAUUGUCUGGUUCAUCAUUUCUUAGGGCCCAAUAAAUAGUAUUUUAUUACAAUUAUAUAUCACAAUUUGUUCAGCUGUUCCCCAGUUUGAUGGCUAUCCCUUCAGUUUCAAGUUCUUUACCACCAUAAAAAGAGCUGCUAUAAAUAUUUUGGUAUAAGCAGGUCCUUUUCCCCCACCUUUCAUCUCUUUGGGAUACAGAACUAGUAGUGGGAUCAAAGGAUACACAGUUUUAUGGCCCUUUGAACAUUGUGUCAGUUCACAGCCCCAUCAUCAGUGUAUUGGUGUCCCAAUUUUUCCACAUCCCCUCCCAUAUUUACCAUUUUCCUUUUUUGUCAUAUUAGCCAAACUGAUAGAAAUUAAGUGGUACCUCAGAAUUGUUUUAAUUUGCACUUCUCUAAUUAAUGAUUUGGAGCAUUUCUUCAUAUAAUUAAAGGUAGUUUUAAUUUCUUUAUCUGAGAA